AUGGCUCUGACCGCCAACGUCCUUCUGGGUUUUCUGUGUGUGGAAACCAGCAGCAUUAUUCCCGAUACACCUGGUGACCAGAUCCGUGCUGUCCAGGGCCGUUUACCGGACAAAACACGUCGGGCUUUUGUUUCCACCAUCAUGAGCGUAAAAGACCUGAGUUUGGACUUCGCCCUCUCAGGAAUGGAAGGACUUCACUGAUUCCAGAGUCACAGUGUUUCCUGGAUGCCUUAACUAAGAAUCCAAGAUGGAGAAAAAGAAAAUAUGCCCACGCCUUCUGGACUACUUGGUGGUGGUUGGAGCGAGGCAGCCGAGCAGCGACAGCGUGGCCCAGACCCCGCAGCUGCUGCGGCGCUACCCUCUGGAGGACCACCCGGACUUCCCCCUGCCCCCCGACGUGGUGUUCUUCUGCCAGCCCGAGGGCUGCCUGAGCGUGCGCCAGCGCCGCGUCAGCCUGCGGGACGACUCCUCCUUCGUGUUCACGCUCACCGACAAGGACUCGGGCACCACGCGCUACGGGAUCGGGGUCAACUUCCACCGCUCCUUCCAAGGGGGGGGGGGGCACCACCGGGGCAAGGCCCAGGGGGGGGAAAAGGAAAAGGAAAAGGAAAAGGCCCAGGACAAGGCCCAGGAC